UGUUCCAGGAAAUGGCCGCAUUGUCUUACCGGAUGCUUGGAGGGCUUCAAGAGCUCGCUGGAACACCAACUUACAAGGCAUGGCUGCUGGAUCAAUUUGGAGUGCUCCACGAUGGAAGAAAGCCAUACCCAGGCGCCAUUGCUACUCUGGAGUGCCUGGCUUCCACCGGCGCAAAGCUCCUCCUGCUCAGCAACUCGUCCCGGCGAUCCGAGGUGACCAAGAACAAGAUGAGCGAGUUGGGCUUUGAUCCGGGCCUGUUUGCUGGAAUCAUCACCAGCGGAGAAUUAACUCACGACCACCUCCUCAUGAGACGAGACCCUUGGUUUGCUCGGCUCGGAAAGCGAUGCUUACACAUGACAUGGAGCGCUCGGGGUGCUAUAUCACUCGAGGAGUUGGAUCUGGAAGUCGUAGAGAAGCCCGAGCUUGCCGACUUCAUUCUCGUGCAUGGGACCGAGGCACUGGGAACGUCGCACGGGAGUCCUAAGCCAGCAACCUUAGAGCAGCUUCGCGAGUUCCUGGAGGUUGGAAUGAAGUAUAAUCUCCCCAUGAUAGUUGCCAAUCCGGACGUUGUCACAGUGGAAGCCAGGGAGCUCCGAGCGAUGCCUGGUAAAAGUUCCUGCUGCUGGCUCUUCUCUCAGCUUGUAGUAACCCGUGCUCGUUGUCCAGGAAUGCUGGGCCUCGAGUACGAGAAGCUCGGCGGCGACGUCAGAUGGAUGGGAAAGCCCGACCCGGUUAUCUACCGUGCUGCUCAAACGAUUGCCAACGUCGCGCCUUCGUGCUGCAUUGCCGUUGGGGACUCGUUGGCGCACGAUAUAAAAGGAGCACAGGCCGCUGGAAUACAGUCUGUGUUUGUAGCAGCUGGAAUUCAUGCUGGUGAGUUGCAAAUUGAAAACAUAGGUGACAAACCAUCUCCAGACGCGCUGAAGUCUGUUUUGCACAAUCACGGAUCGGAUCCGUCGUAUGUUAUUCCGAUGUUUUCCUGGUAAUAAAAUAACACUGUUUUUCUUGCUGGAA